AUGUGGGGUGCCAAGUCAAGUUCAAGUCCAAUUCUUCAAGAAUUCCUCGUGGCGAUUGGUGCUGUGAUUCCGGGUCUUUCUUCUUUAGAGGAGAUGAGUGAGUCGCAACAGGAUCUCGUGGACCUUUAUGGCAAAAUGAGAGAGGUUGUGUCGUCGGAAUAUGGAGAGGAUCAAGUCAUGCGUGUGGCCCUAUCAUGGAAAGGGAACCCAUGGGAAGACUCGGUUCAAACGAAUUGGUUGAAGGAAGUGAUCGAUCCCCCAGAGGCCAUAUUGAAGAAUCUUGAUAUGAGGGAUGAUUAUCGUGAGUGGGAUUUAGAAUCGAGUCAAAUUCGAGCACUUAUGGAUCUGUGGCUGCCGUGGGUGCCGUUUCAUGUAGGAGUGGAGAACUUCAUACGCAUGACUCAAGCAGUCGAAGGGUCAACAACACGAACAAGCGCUGAUGUUCAGUUGGAUGAUGGCACGAUCGUGUCUGUCAAGCCUUACAAACACGUUGAGCACCCGUGGUGGAGGGAUGAUGCUAAGUCACUGGCUUGGAGGGUCACGACCCCCAACAAUAUACAGUACCACUCAAGCUCGCGGCUAAGUCGGUUCACUGAGAACGAUGAACAUGACGAGACGAAUGAUGACAGUCGUCAUAUGCGAACGUCUGUAUGCCUGGAUGAGGUGGAAUGGCUGCACUCCAUUUUGGGCUCAUACAGGUACGAGCAGUUCGCAAACCGGUUCCUGCGCCUCAUCAUCGACCACGGAUGUUCGGGGUUCUUCACCGACGGUCACGCAUUCAAUCUUGUUCAAGGUAGCCAAGGUCUCCAAUGGCAGACGGACAUCUGGAUCCAGGAGGGUGACGCACAAUGGCCGGGACGCAUGCAACGGGAUGCUCUUGACGUUCUUAGGACCGCCUUCAACGGCGGCCCACUGUAG